AUGCUAGCUAAAUCAAAUCUGGUGCUAGCCGCCGCGCUAUUUUCUUCUGUGUUCGUGUCUCCCGUCGCUGCUCAGUUACACACCGAUUGCGAUCCUCUGGUGAAGGACUGUCCGCCGGACCCGGCUUUCGGCACGACGCACACCUUCAACUUCAAUGCUACACCGCCAGCAAAUAUGUUCAAUUUGACUGCUGGACCUGUUGAAUAUAACCCUGAUACAGGAGCUGCCUUCACAAUGCGAAAGAGGGGUGAUUCGGUAACCCUGAUGUCGAAUUUCUAUUUCUUCUUCGGCAGAACGGAAGUACUUCUAAAAGCAGCAUCCGGCACCGGUGUAAUCAGCUCCAUUGUCUGGUCCUCCGAUGUUCUAGACGAGGUCGACUGGGAAUUCAAAGGGGGGAAUGAAAGCUUCGCGUUCUCCAACUACUUUGGAAAAGGAAGGCAAGAUUGGCAUAAUGGAGGCGAUCACCCCGUUAAGGGAGGAGUGCUGAAUGACUAUCACAAUUACACCUCCGUGUGGACGAAGGACCAAUUGGAGUGGUGGCUAGACGGCGAACACGUCCGUACGCUUCUGGCCAAGGAUGCCAACAACACUGAUAAUUAUCCCCAAACACCGAUGAAGCUCAGUAUUGGUAUCUGGGCCGGCGGCGACCCAGACGCGUCGCAGGGAACUAUCGACUGGGCUGGUGGAAUUGUAGACUAUUCCGUACCGCACACGAUGUACGUGAAGAGUGCUCUUGUCGAAGACUACUCUACGGGUAAGGAAUAUUCCUAUAGCGACCAUAGCGGCUCUUGGAAGAGCAUUAAGAUUGUGAGCGGCAACUCCACGGCGUAUGAAAAUCUCAACAAGGAACCGGAAAAGUCCCUUUCCGAUAAAUGGAACGAUCUUCCUUCUGGCACCAAAUCCGGAAUUUACGCCGCUGCAGGUAUAGUCGGCGCCCUUCUUAUUGGCGCCUUGGCCUUUUAUUAUUUCAAGCAGAGACGUCGCGGCCAGAAAGAGGCUGCUCUCGCAGCUCAACGGCUGGAACAGGAUCGUGUGGAGUUGGAAGGAUUCAAAAGGGGAGGCAGAGAUCCUGACGCGCUCGCUUUCGACGGAUCUGAGUACAAGGGUGGACAGUCUACCGCGUCCUACGCUGUACCGGAUUCGCCUCCCGGAAGUUCUGCCGGCCCACCGGAGAAAACAUGGGACCCAACGGGCUCAAACGGCCCUGCUGCCGUACCUUUACUUCACAACAACGCGAAAUGA